CCCUUUUCUCUUCGUUUUCCGUGAGGCCCAAAGCUCAUCAUGGGGGCCUACAAGUACAUGCAAGAGCUGUGGCGCAAAAAACAGUCCGAUGUUAUGCGGUUUCUGCUCCGUCUCCGAUGCUGGUACUUCCGGCAGCUGAGCACUUGCCAUCGUGCCCCGCGUCCCUUGAGGCCAGACAAGGCCCGUCGUCUCGGAUACAGGGCUAAGCAAGGUUACGUUAUCUACAGAAUCCGUAUCCGUCGCGGGGGCCGCAAGAAGCAGGUGCCCAAGGGCGCAACUUAUGGCAAGCCCAGGAACCACGGUGUGAACAGUCUGAAGCCAGUCCGCAAUCACCAGGCCCUGGCUGAGGACCGCGUAGGCCGUCGCUGCAAGGCCCUACGAGUUCUCAACUCCUACUGGGUGGCCCAGGACUCCACGUUCAAGUACUACGAGGUCAUCCUCGUCGACACCUUCCACAAGGCCAUCAGGCGAGACCCCAAGAUCAACUGGAUCUGCAAGGCUGUGCACAAGCACCGCGAGAUGCGGGGUCUCACCUCGGCAGGCCGCAAGUCUCGCGGUCUGGGCAAGGGUCACCGUUACACUAAGACGAUCGGAGGUUCCCGCAAGGCCUCCUGGAAGCGCAGGAACACCCUGCAGCUGCGACGCAAGCGCUAAGCACUUUGUGGGGACGGUUGGAAAUAAAAGAUGUUGGCACUGUAA